AUGCUACCGGCGCUCGCCACGGCCUUCACGGCUGGUUUAAGCUCGCUGUGCCACCGCGUUUUCAGGCUAUCUUCUCGGCAGGCCCUACUGUGCGCCAUCCUAUGCAUUUACAUCGGUCAUUCCACGUCGACGGCCACUACCACCACAGGGGGGGGAACAGAUUCACCGUCUUCACCGUCUUCAAUAAUUGCCGAAUUAUUGUCUGCUGCGUCCGCAAAUGGCGCCGCCCAGGUUGCGAGUGUUGUAUUUUCCAACAAAGACCCCAGGGGUCUGGAUGCCAGUCCCCGUUUCCAGGAGAACUGGGAGCGCGUUUUGGAAGAGGCCAACAAGCAGAGCAGAUUGAUCACAACAGCCUUCUCCAUGCAUAUGGACUCCCUACAGGACCUCGAACUGAAACGACAACGGGAAAGUCUCCAGCGCGCGGUGCACCGAUUUUCGCUUCUCCUCCAGUAUCAUACAUCAACAUACCCGCUCUUCAGGAAACACAUCGAUACUGUUCAGAAUGCGCUUUCAGAAAUCGACACUAGUAGUGCCCCUGGACUUCUCUUUGAGGAGGGCAUCGAAAACCUCAACAUGCGCAUCCGCGCCGACGCUGCCAGCCCAUUCUCAGCGAGCAGUGGGGAGGAUGAGGAGCACGAGAAGCCGCUCUCCCUAGACGACCCCGAGGCGGCAUUAUUCGUCCGGACACUACACGUGGCCGAGGCGACGUGGUUCAUGCUUCAAAGUUCGUUAUUGCACUCCAAAGCAAGACUUGGGAAUUUGAUCGAGUUUAUGAGGACACAGGAACCCUAUCGCCGUCGUCACCGCAACCACAACAAUCAGCGCCAUGACCCCGCCGCCGGGAUAGCGGACAUGGUGGCCACCCACCACUCAUCUAGCCGCCCCAGCCAUGGUUCCAGCAACGCCGGGCCCAGCGCGCCUUCGGCAGCGGCGGCCGGGCUCGGCAGCCGCGAAAAGUCCCGAUGGCGCAACGAAGCCCGGGGUAACCACCGCGAUGCCACCGGGCCGUGUCGACACUUUGGUUGUUUUCUUUACGCUUUUACUGCCGCCCUUGUAGCCGUUUUCUGCGUCAUCUUUUUGCUUGCUCCCUCGCCCGACGCCAUCUCGAGGCUGCGUCCAGAAACCGUGAGUAUCAGGGCGAAGCCCUUCCCGGUCGCCGAUCUGGCCAUGGUUUCCGAGCUAUACGCAAACGCGUCCGACUCCAUCGAGAAUCCUCACCGCGACCUCAACGUCACCCUCGCGCUCGACGCGCCCGGCCUUGUUCGGGUCAACGUCGCCUCGUGGCUCCCAGAAACCACACUAUACCCAGGGAUCGGCCCGCCGGAUGAUCGGUCCCGCAAGCACGGGACGCGCUUGCCGGCCGAAAAGGCGCCCUUCAUCGUCGACUACGUGAACGUCACCGUCACGCUGGAGAUGCUGAAUACUCUGUGGCCGGUGCUCCUCCACGCGGCCACAGAUCUGCUGGCCGCUGGGUUAGACCGUGAGCACCCGGAGUACCCCUUGUUAAGAGGCCCCUUAUUUCGCCUCGGCCAGAAGAAUGGGCGCGACUUCCUGACUAUUGCUCGACGUAUGGACCGGGUCGGAGCGGCCGUCGGGGAACGUGGGGGCAUCUCGCUGCGUGAACGCAUAGCCGGCCACUUAUCCAAGGACGGUAUUGUGCGGCGCACGGAGACACUCAAUCGGGCCCUCCACACUUUCCACUCUCUCCGCCUAGGGCUAAGGCCGCAGUCUUGGAUGCUCGCCAACAUGGCCACGAAGAUGCUGCGCGCCUGCGCGCUUCAGGACGAGUUGCGGCAGCAUGCCCGCUCCCUCGACGGUAACCAAUCCGCAUGGUGGCAUCUUGAGUGGGAUGAUGCCCGGGAAACGGCGGACUUGGCCUUUGUCACCUUCCCCCCGGUUCAGGAUACCAUCAGAGAACUGCGUGUGGUGAUGGACCAAAUAAAGGCGCGGAGAAGCACGCUAUCCGGGACAUGGUAUAUGGGUAAAGCGGUCGACGAGCUCAAGAACGCGGUGCUUCCGGGAUGGAUAGAGCGCCUCGGCCUGGGUGGUCUCCCUCUGGAACCGUGGCAGGCCGAUGUCGAGUUCGACUACCCGUAUCCGCCGAACUCGAGGAUGGCUAAUUUGAGCCGAAUUCUCAAGGAAUGGAAGAAAGGGGGCUAG